CGUGUGUGUACACAGACGCGAGGCGAUGGUACAUAGUGCAAGGAGCUACACUUUGAACACCACAUGUUUAGUUAUAAAGAGAGCGUUGUAAGUAGGAGAGAGAGAGAGAGAGAGAGAGUUCUACAUAGUACUCAACCCUUCAGACGGUAGUUAUAUAACGGUGUACACACACAUACAGGCGAUGGCACACGCUGAAAGGAGUCACACUUUGAACACCGCAAUGUUUAGUUAAAUAGUUCACAUUGGGUUCUCGGAACUAGAAUAGUUUAAUAUUUAGUAUGACGUACACACAUUGAUUAAUUUUAUUGUAGAGUUAAGAGUAUAUAUUACUUUCACCUGUGAGAGUACUACAAAUAGAUACUCAAGUCAUCAUGCAGCUCAGCAAAGAACUCGCCACACACAUAGCCGGUGGGUAUGGACGUGUUGUCUAUCGCACACACACAGCAUGUGUUCGCACCUCUUCAAUUGCACCGAUUAGGCCAAUGCACAAAGGCGUAGGACUACACACAAGCACUCCUGCACACAGAAGCAACCGCACACAAUGUAUGUAUACACGACCACUUGUGCACAAUAGUGAGAUUAGGCGAAGGAGGCGUUUAUAUACUCAUGAGUCCUGGGGUUCCACAUGCAUUCCGUUGCGUUUGCGUAGUGUGCAAUCGCCGUUGCGGAUGAUGUGUACCUCUAGCAAAGAUCAUAGGGAUAGUGCUAUGAAGAGACACGGCAGUGUACACGACACACCUAAGGUGCACGCACACGACGCAUCUAAGUUGCACGUACGUAAUACAUCUGAAGUGCAUGCACUCGAUAAUGUUAAACACCAGAGCACACCAACGAGAUUAGAACAGCUUAGAAACAAACUACUGGAUGAAAGGGGAGGACACGAAAGUGUGCGUAGUCAUGGGAGCACACUCAGGCAUGCGGACGAGCUCACACAGGGACGUAGCGAGUUGAAUGUACAUACAGAUAACAUACAGAUAGCAACGACAUACACACACAUCACCACAGAACCACACCCACCAAGCACUGGUACACGCCCAGUGCUUAAUCUGAAGGCCUACACGGAAACUCACCACGUGGACAUGCGUGCUCAACCAGAUAGUCACACCCCGCAGAAGUUCGGUACCAAGACAUCCGUGGACGCAUCGCAGACUGAGCCUACGAGAGACGGCCAGGGGAGUUCUAGCGAUACAGCACACGCCCACAAACAGGGACAAGGCCAGGGACACGAUAGUGCACCCCACAACAUGCACCCACACCCCAAGUCACAGGUGCAGGUACAGGGCAGGCCAGAUGGACCAGGAACCACUGCGCAUACCCAGCACACGGGCCCCGAAACGGACACAGGUGUAGCAGUGUCCAUGCACACCCAAACCUUAGGGCAGCUGUGUAAAGACGCACGCCGCAGUGGCGACUAUAGCGCAGCUAUGAGGCGAGCGAGUGUGUUGCUGGCGAAGAAACAGCUGGAUGGGGUAGAUAGCGUGUUCGCUCUGGAGGUGUACCGCAACAUGAGACAGCCGCACAGGUGGCGAGAGGUUGUAGACUACAUGGGUGCGAAUAACGUGCUCUCCGAUCGACAAUACGCGCACGUGUUGAAGGGGUUUGCGAGCAUCGAAUCUUCACAGGACAAUAUCCAGUUAGUGCAUAAACUGUACCAAAGCCGACGAGAGACAAGGACCAUCCCAGUGUAUCACAACACGUUCACUACACUGGCGCGGUUUCGAGCGUGGGACGAGGCCCAGAGCGUCUUUACCGACAUGGCGCGUGCAGACCCCUCGGCAGCACAGUUGGACCUGGUUGCGUAUCGAGCGAUGGUGAAAUUGUGCGAGCCACAGGGUGGGUGGAGAGUGGCCGUGCGCAUUGUGGAAUAUAUGCGGACGAGAAGGACGGUGUUCCCGGACCAGGCCAUGUAUGCGAAGGUGACGGAGAUUUGUGCGAACGCCGGGCAGUGGCAGGCCUGCAGAAAGCUUUUCAAAGACAUGCAGCGUAUCGGAUGUAUACCCAACGUAGAGAUCUACAGCAAUGUCAUACGCGCGUGCGCCGAAGCAGGGCAACAUGCUGAUGUCGCAGAUCUCACAAAAACCAUGCAGAAACAAGAUUUGCAUGUUCUUUCUGCAUACAGCCGUAUUAUUGCGGGGUGUGUACCUGAGGGACGGGCGAGUAUGGUGCUGCAGUUGAUAGACGCGAUGAGGGCCGGGGGAGUGGGUGUGCGCUUGAGUAAUCAGACCCCAAACAACGGGCUAGCGUCCGUGCAACAUAUACCGGCGGGUGUGGAUAGCAAUGUCGCACUUGGAAAGAGUGUAGAUGGACACUCUGAGCAGGUGAUCGGGAAGGCUACGACCGAGAACAAGGGAGAGCUUCCAGCCACUUCCAUGCAGAAGUCCAGCGACGCUUUGAGCAGUACACCCGACACGAGUGCAAAUGCGGCGCACACUGUAGCAGGACAGGAUGGCGAGAGGCUUGUAGACGCAACUACAUACGCUACCGCGAUAGAGGCGUGUGCACCAGUUGGCUGGUGGGUGGCCGCAGAAAGUCUUCUGGAGGACAUGCGCACGACCGAGCUAAGCGUCUCCGCGCACACACACAACAUGGUACUGGCGAGUUGUGAGACGGGUGUGUUUGCCGAAUGCGAGAAGUUAAACUCAAAGAAGGCAGCUAACUAUACGCCGAUGGCUUCUAAGAAAGGUAGAGAUACGGCACCAGAGCUUUUAUCUUGUGCUCUUACGCGUGUGCUGACGGAUGCGGCGCGUGAGGACAAAUUGGGCCCUGAAGUUGGUGGUUUGGGAGCAGGGCUAAGUGAAACUGGAGAUCACGAACCAACACCCACCCAUACACCACACAAACCCGCACAAGUGCAGACGCAAGAACAAAAGCAGAUAUCAGCGCCAUUGCACGAACAAUCACACACUCAGACACCGGCACUAGCACACACCCACAAUCAAUCACAAGCACAAACACAGACACAAGGACGGAUACUCCCCUCACUCGCGGAGAGCCCCAAAGUUUUGCCAGCUAAUGAAUGCGCCCUAUCGAUAUUGCGAAGCAUGCGACACAACGACGAUCCGAUAAGCACUGCCCGGUAUGCGUACGCAGUUCAGGUGUGUGCGGCGGUGGGUGACUGGGAGGACGUGAGGUGGCUGUGUAUGAUCAUGCGUAGCAAGGGGUUCACCUUAGACCGUCCCGUGUAUGCACACGUGUUCGAUUUGCGGGUGACGAGGGAUGAUUGGCCGCUCAGAUUCAAUAGUGUCCUAGAUGAGAUAUACGAAGACGGGCUGAAGUUCAGCUCCGCGUCGUAUAAUGCGGCGGUGUGGGGUCUGGAUACGCGGGAAACGUUGGGGUUCGCGAUUGGAUUGCUGGCGAAAGCAGGGAAGUACGGUACUUUUGUGCAACCAGCUACCUACAAGUACUUUAUACAUGUGUGCGGCCGGUAUGGAGAGUGGUCUAUGGCGCAGCAUGUGAUGUCUUUAGUACGUCGGGAUAGUGUGAGUGUGGGUGCCAACGAAGAGUGCAGAGUGGCGUAUGUACGCGACAUGUACUACCACUUUCUGCAGGUGUGUCGAGGCGCGAGUGAGCCAGGUUUAGCCACCCGGAUUAUAAGCGAGAUGCAACAAGGCGGGUACAUAGCGAGCGGCGCUUCAACACAACUUCAAGAUGUGCUCGAGUGGCUACUAAAGAAUCAUGUGCACAGUAGGAAGUGGGACAGUAUUGUAGUCACGCUACGAGUAAUGGUCUGCGGCGGGUUUGCAGUGGAUAGGAGAGUCGCAGACAAGGUCCUGGUUGCUGUGGUGGAGAAAGGCAAGCCCGGGCAUCUCAUAGAUCUACUGGGCGUGUUGCAGAGCGCCGACGUCCGUCUGUCGCACCCCGCGUACAAAUCGGUACUUAACACAUGUGGACGCGGCGGCAAUAAAUCGUAUGCUAAAAAGAUAGCUCAGAAUAUAGACAAGCAGGCCGAUGGGCUCGGACUGGAAUCUCUGGAAAAGAUCAACUAUAUCGCCAAAUCCUACGCACAGGCUAUACCCAUCGGCAACAAUGAUCACGGGAUCGAAACCGCAUACCAGCUUCUAAGGGCUGCGCACUCCCGCUCCUGUUUCGGCGGGGCCCUCUACUCGUCGGUGAUGAGCAUGCACGCCUCAGCCGGUGAAUGGCAGCUGGCUGUUAAAUUGGUGCGCUUGAUGGAGUGCCAUCCAAUAGAGCGAUUUGUACCGGAUGUACCAAUGUAUGUCAUGGCGAUACGAGCCUGUGGACGGGAGGAUAAGGUCUUGGCGGCCUUGGGCGUGGCUCGGAAUAUAUUGGCGAGGGAAACGUUGGAUGCCGGGGAGAGAUCGGAGAUAGAUCGCGCAGUCGCGGACGUGGCUGUUGAUUGCAACGAGUGGGGCGAGUUCAGUCGGCUGCUAUUAGAACCUACGGACAAGGACAAGGACAACAGGCUGUGUCCAGUUAAACUGGUCCAGGGUACGCAGCCCCAGAGAGCGUAUGCAUGGCUGGAAGACAUGGGCGCACUUGAGCCCCGCACCCACGUGGCUGCGCUCAAGGACAUGCGGGUGAGUCAGCAGGUGCUAGACACAUGUGUGAAGCAUAACAAGUGGCCUAUGGUCAGGAGUGUGGUGCGUGCUUUGCAGGCGGACGGAGGGCUGGGGCGAGAGCAUGCGGGGGUGAUGUGGCUGGUAGGUAUAUGCUGCGACAUGAAUCGGGCGGAGGCGUUGGAUGUGCUGCGGGAUAUGCAGGCGCGACAUAGCAGCCGCACACAGACGGGCACCCACCCCAAGACACUCACUGACGAGCAGGUGGAGCAGCAGGAUGUGGAGAUACGACUUGCGAUGCUGUACGUGUGUGUGCAGCUACGGAAUUGGGAGAUGUACGAAGAGUUGAGAGCUCAAAAUAAACGGGAUCACGUAGACGUGCAACUGAUACCCGAGUAA